AUGAAUAAAAGACUUCAACCGUUUUACUUGAUGAAUGUGAUACUGUAUAUGGAACACUCUGAUCUUGAAAAUUUUGAGAACACAAGCAGAAAUUGUCAAACUGCUAUUGAAAUGAUGCACAUCAACCCAGUUACGUCCACUGGACUAUCUUCGUUGUAUUUUCUUCAUCUCUUUCCAAAGAUGAAUACAAUCCAAAUCACUUCUUCUGCACUUCUCAAUGUGAAUCCAAACACUUUCAGACGUGUUCAGAAGAUCCAAAUAGUCGACAGAGACUUUGUUGUUGCUGGUGACUUUUUAAGUAAGAUGGUGUACUCGACAAAACUGCCAGUUAAAGAUGAUUUGUAUCCAAUUCUCAAAAAUCUCACGAUUACUUCAUCGAGUCUGUGCUUGUUUUAA